AUGUUCAAGCCAGUCGCACAGAGUCGCUUGCUCGCAGCGCAGAGGCAUAGUCGUUCCCGACCCCCCCCCGCCUGCCCUUUUUCGCUCGCACAACGCAUAGGAGAGUUGUUUCCAACGCCCAUCUUCCCUCCCCCCCGCGCGCCGCCUCUCUCCCUAGGCGGCCCCGUCGUCGCCCCUACGCGGCCCCGUCUCUGCCCCUACGUGGCCCCGUUGCCGGCCCUACGCGGCCCUGUCACCGCCCCUAGCGGCCCCGUUGCCGCCCCUAGCGGCCCCGUCACCGCUCCCCUUCCUACGCGGCCUCGUCGCCGCCACUACGCGGCCCCGUCGGUGCCCCUACGCGGCCCCGUCGCUGCCCCUAACGGCCCCAUCGCCGCUCCCCUCCCUACGCGGCCCCGUAGCCGCCCCUAUGGCCCCAUCGCCGCCUCUGCCGGCCCGUCGCCGCCUCUAUCGAGCAGCCCAGCAGCUGAGCCGCCCAACAGCAGAGCCGCCGAGCCGCCCAGCAGCCGAGCCGCGGAGCCGCUCAGCAGCCGAGCCGCCGAGCCGCCCGACAGCCGAGCCGCCCAACAGCCGAGCCGCCAAGCCGCCGAGCCGUCAAGCCGCCCAGCACCCGAGCCACCGUGCCGCCCGACAGCCGAGCUGCCCAGCACCCGAGCCGCAAAGCCGCCGAGCCGCCCAGCAGCCGAGCUGCCAAGCCGCCCUGCCAUCGAGCCGCUACUGUUCCUACCGGCGCACCCCGGCCCUACUUACUCGUACUGGGACCACUUCCUCUCAGUUUGCCCCACCACACUCACCGUUGACCUCCUCGAGGAGCGCCUACUAGCAGCAGAGAAGAGCAUAGUCGCUGUAGGAGCCUCUCGUGGUGACCCUCGCACCCCCAUCUUUGAGGGGUGUUCCCCUUCCCCCCUCUUGCCCUCUAUUGCUUCUGUUGCUGCGGCCAACCUCGUUGGUUUUGAGUCAGUCGGCGCUGCGUCUACCCCUAACGGGAGACGCUGCACCGGCAAGGGCAAGGGGGGCAAGGGCGCUGGGGGGGCUGGCGGGGGUGGUGGACGUGGAGGUGGAGGCAGUAGAGGGGCUGGGGGUGGUGGUGGGAGUGGUGGCGGGGGUGGAGGUGUCGGUGGCAGCAGUGGAGGCGGAGGAGGCGGCGGCGGUGGCGGAGGGAGCGGAGGCGGCGGCGGCAGCGGUGGAGCUGGUCGCGGCUCUGCGCAGAGGAGUGGGUCCGGUGGUGGUCCGCGCCUGCAGCAGCACCGCUGUCGUGAGACCCUGUCCCCUCAGCAGCUUCGUGAGUGGUACGCUGCGCGUCAGCGCGGUAGGGGUACUGGUCCCUGCACCUAUGUCCUCCGUACCGGCGACCGCGCUGGUGAGCAGUGCGGGGGCCCGCACUCCACCCAGCGGUGCUUCGGCCGUGUGAGGAUCUAG